CUUUCCCACAUGAAGAGCAUGAUCAUGCAUGCAGCUUGGAGAACCCUUCUGAAUCAUGAAUUUGUCAAAGCAUACCAGCAUGGAAUACCCAUGCUGUGUGCUGAUGGGCAUUGGUGCCAUGUAUACUUUCAGAUAUUUGUGUACUGUGCUGACUACCCAGAAAAGAUGCUAAUAGCCACCAUCCAUACUCUGGGAGAGAUGCCUUGUAUGUGA